GUGUAUUUAAUGACUUAUUGUGACUGGAGUGCAAACAGACUGAAGUCCUACAAGGAUGAUAACUCAUUCAAACUGUAUCAAACCAACCACAUAGAUAAAGUUGUGAUGGCCUCUGUUGCACAUGGAUACAUAUAUGUUAAGAGUACCUGUGUGCCAGAGACAAGGCAAUCAGAAAAACCUUAUCAAACAUGGAUUCUCUUGCAUAAAAAUGGUUCUGUGAAAUCCGGUGGCUGUACUUGUGUGGCAGAUGACGGAAGUUGCAAGCACUGUGUAGCACUAUUGUUUGCUUUGCAUGACUUUAGUGAAAGGCACCAAGACAGAGGAACUGAGGUAUGCACAGACAAUCCAUACAAAUGGGAUCGACUGAGGCAGGCAUCUUAUCCUGUUACAACACAAAAUAUUAAUUUUGGUAAGAAAGACAUCCGUGAUAGUUAUCAGCCUUUUUCUGAUAACGCUAUUGAUGUGCAUCUAAAGCUAUGGAACGCCAUGGCUGCCUUAUGUUAG